GAGAUAUCGUCGGACAAGAAGUUUUUGGUGUCGCAACACAUUAGUAGUGUGAAGCACAAAAGUUUGGCCGAGAGAAAGAAACAAUCAGCCUCACCGAGUCUCAUCCAGAUGAGACCCUUCCUAGAAGCGUCUGGGAAGCAAAGUCAAUUCUACGUUGAUCUUUGCGAUGCUUUCGUAUCUGCUGGAAUUCCGCUUCGCAAGUUAGACAGCGAGAAGUUCAGUUACUUCCUCGAGAAGUACUGUGGGCAGCAGGUUCCAUCGUCCGUGACACUCCGCUUGCACUACCUGAAGAAUAUAUAUGAGAAGAAGCUCGAAUUCAUUCGGCGCUGUGUAUCCGAUAAACCUAUUUGGGUUUCUAUAGAUGAAACCACCGAUGCCACCGGCAGAUACGUGGCUAACACAGUAAUCGGCCUUCUCACAGCGACGGAAAAUAGGAGCUUCCUACUGCACGCGGAGGAUUUGGAGAGGACAAACAGUUCUACCGUUGCUCAGGCGUUUAUGAAUGCCCUGAGCAUAUUGUGGCCUGGCGGAGUGAAACACGAAAGGGUGCUCCUCUUCGUGACAGACGCUGCACCCUACAUGACAAAAGCAGGCAAAGCACUGAAGGUCAUCUUUCCACGCAUGAUACACGUGACUUGCGUGGUGCACGCGCUUCACAGGGUCGCCGAGGAAGUAAGAGUCUUGUUUCCCGAUGUAGACAAGUUGAUAGCGAAUGGGAAAAUUUUUUUCCUGAAGUCAGCGGCAAGAGUAACCAUCUUCCGGGAGACUGCGCCUGGAGUACCCCUACCGCCGCAACCAGUUCUGACACGAUGGGGGACGUGGCUUGAAGCAGCGCUGUACUACGCUCGUAACCUGAAUGCUUUCACCUCUGUCGUGAAUAGUCUGGAUGGAACUCAAGCAAGCAGUAUCCAGUUAGUGCAAGAGCUUCUCCAGAAGUCCUCUCUGGGAGGAAACCUCUCAUUCAUUGCGGCGCACUUUGACAGUCUCCCCAAGAGCAUCGAGAAACUGGAGGCUUCGGGCAUCCCGCUGGUUGAAAGCACCGAAUUGUUUGGCAGUGCAAUCACAAGACUCAAGGGAAUGCCGGGCUCGAUCGGGAAACGUAUUAGCGAAAAAUGCGAUUUCGUCGUGUCUCGAAACGAAGGCCUCUGUCAAUUGGAGGCGGUUGCGGAAAUUCAGAUUCACCGAGGGAGAAACCCCACGAAAAAAACGGCUCAAACAUUGAAAGAUCUUCAAUUCCUAUGGCAAUCGGAAGACGUCGGUUUCGAAGACGAUCUCAAAGAUGAAUCCCGGGAGGAAGAAGAUGACCUGAAUAAGGCGCUCAUCGACCAUUUCAGAGAAACGACCUUCCGAGAUGAAAACGGAAGGUACGUUCUCAAACUACCCUUCAAAUCGAACAUCAGGUCACUAGAAAACCUCAAGAAGGAUCCAAUCAAAUUGAAGGCGGUCGACGACGAAAUCAAAGGCUACUCAGAAGCAGGAUUCGCAGAGAAAGCUCAUCCAAAGAAGGCAGGCCAGCUGUCCCACUACCUACCCAUACAAGUGGUCUUCAAAGCAAAACCCGACUCCCCUCUGGGGCUGAAAACCGGAGUGGUGAAAUAA